AUGGGAUUAUUAUCACAAAUAUCGAUUGCUUUGGGUGUUUCACGGAAACAGGUAAAUAUUCUAAUGAUUGGUCUUGAUAAUAGUGGCAAAUCAACCAUUAUCAAUCGAAUGAAAUCACAAGAAAAUCAAGCAAUUCAGAUAAUGCCAUCAAUUGGUUAUACAACAGAGAAAUUUGUUUUUAACAAUACAACAUUUUUGGUACAUGAUAUGUCUGGACAAGGAAAAUAUCGGAAUUUAUGGGAAAAUUACUACAAAGAAGUAGACGGUAUAGCAUUUGUUAUUGAUAGCAAUGAUCGAUUACGAAUAGCAGUUGUUCGCGAUGAAUUGCGAUUAUUAUUGGAUCAUAGAGAAUUAAAUCGAAGAAAGAUACCGCUUCUUGUAUUUGCCAAUAAGAUGGAUGAAAAAGGUGCAAUGUUAACAUCGGAAAUUAGCGAUUGCAUAGGCCUAAAUUUGAUAAAUAAUCGAAGUUGGCAUAUUUGUGCAACAUGUGCAACCACAGGUCAAGGCCUUAACGAUGGCUUUCAAUGGUUGUUGGAGAAUAUUCGAGCAUAUAUGGAAUCUAAGAAUAGUUGA